GAAUCAUCACACAAAAUGGAUGAGAAAUUCCUUAACAAGUUGGAACUCAACUCAUACUCUUGGUAACGUACAUUUUGUAAUUGCAACAUACCAAAAAAAGAACUACCUAUCCAAAAGACUAUCCCUAUAAAUUUUAAAGUAUAUAUAUAAACAGAACCUUCAAGGGUACCUAUAUGAGCACUUAAACUCUUGUAAUAUUUGAUGUAUUAGAGUUGAGAUUCCAAAAUGAAGAGAAUUGAGAUUUUCAACAUGAUGGCAGUGGCUCUAACAUUGUUGGCAAUAGUGCCAAAGAUUGAAGGCCAAGUAGGGCAUAUUAUACCAACAAAUCCACGUCCACUUUGUCCAUCUCAGUUUGCAUUAGUAAACUAUGCAUGUGGAAGGUUACCGUUUACACCAGGGCCCUUACCUGAACCUCCAUCACCUGAUGAUGAUGGUGGUGAUGAUGAUGGUGGCGAUGAUAAAGGGCAUAAUAACCACCACCACCACCACAGACACGAACCUGGACACAGACACAAACAUGGACACAGGCAUAGGCGUCACCAGACACCGGAGGAAGAUAAUUGUUGCCGAUGGGCUAGGGAAGUGGACAGCCAAUGUGUUUGUGAACUUCUUGUUCGUUUGCCACCAUUCCUUGUUAGGCCUUUGCAUGUCUACACACUUGCCAUUGGUGACGACUGCGAAAUCACUUACUCCUGUGGUGGCCCAAUCUGAUUCUCAAACUUGCAUUAAUUCUGAUGCAGGGACACGGUUACUAUUAUACCGUAUAUGUUUAUUUGGUUAUUUUAAGGUUUACAUGUUAAGGUUAUAGUCUGUCGAAAAAAAGGUUUAGUGUUAUAGUUGUUGUUUGUGGUUCCUAUAAUACUGUCAUUUAGUUGCCGUUUGUUCCCAUAUAUACACUGGCAUUUUUAGAGGUUGUAAACAAAGCCUCCAUUAAUAUAACUAGAUUUACUCGAGUUUAUAUUCUACAUUUGUUUGUCUUAAUUUUCUAGUUUCUAAGGGAAUAGGACUAUGGUAAGUUUAGAGGUUAGUAAGUCUGGUAAAUUGUUCAUUUGAGUGUUGAACUUGAGUGCUCUUGAUCAAUUCAACUUUAAUUACUCAUUAGUUAA